AAACAUUUGUCAAAUAACAGGGAGAGGGAAGUUAUCUUGAGGAUAAACGUGAUUUCGAAGGUUAUGAUAAACCUAUAAUGAUUAACAAAGCAUUUUCCCCAAGAAUUUGCACCAACUAUGUAAAUGCAAAUACUUUUAUGAAAGAAACUUACUGAGCUGCAUCGAAGAUGGAUCAAAAUAUUGCACAGACUCUAUUUACGCAAGGUGCCAAGUUGAUUUUAUUGGAUGUACCAAUUGGCACCGAUAUCGGAAUUGAUAUGAAAUCAUGGAAUACAGGGAACAAUUUCAAAGGCAUUAAAAUGAUCCCACCUGGGGUCCAUUUCGUGCAUUACAGCGCAGUGAGUGAACAUGGCGAAAUGGCACCCAGAAUUGGUUUCUUUCACGACUUCAAGGAGUGUGAAUUUCUAGUGAAAAGAUGGGACACCAAAGAAGAAGACAUCAGCUCGGAAUCUGUGCCUGACGAGACAAUCCAAAGAUUGAAGGAUAAUUUAAAGGAGUUGGACAGAUAUCUAGGACCUUAUCCAUAUGAGACAUGGAAACAGUGGACGGAAUUAACAAGUGGAAUUACAAAAUCUGUUGUGGAGAGAUGCUCGCCAUUAUGUGGCUACGUGCGAUCCGCUUUGGAAUUGGAGAACUGCAGCGAUGCUUCGAGACCGCGUGGCGGAAAGUUCGACGAUAAGCGAAGGAGAUCAGGAAGACUCACUGUUGAGGACAAGGAGGAGGAGUUACUGCCGAAUCUGAAACCGAAACCCGGCACAGAACUCAGGCUCACGGAAAUUCCAGAUAAGCAUUAUCCCGACGACGCGACUCCGAGCGAAAUAACGCGGCACUCUCUCGAUUCCAGUUAUGUCUUGGACGUUAUCUUGAAGAAAUUACGAGAACCUGUCGAGAUCAUCGGGGAGAUGCAGCUGGCGUUCAUUUGCUUCCUGGUGGGUCAGAGCUUAGAUGCCUUCGAGCAAUGGAAGAAACUAGUGUCGCUGAUCUGCGAGGUGGACAACGCGAUUCCUCAGUAUCGUUCUGUCUACAUGGAAUUUUUGCAAGUUCUCGAAAUACAACUGUUGUACGUCCCCGAGGAAGUUCUCUGCGACAUUGUAGCGAGCAACAAUUUCGUGUAUCACAGUCUGUGCAAGCUGUUUGGUAACAUUGAAUCUAACUCCGAGGUGGAUGGCCGACUCAAGUCGUACGCGAAGCGUUUGCAGAGCCGAUUGACCGCCAAGUUUAUGUGGGACUUUUCGAAUUUGCUCGAGGAGGCGGACGACGAAGCGCCUGUAGUCGUAACUCUGGAGUAAAUGCAAAUAAAUAAAUUAUAAGAUAUUAUUAUGAUACAGAUUGUUUUUAAGAAUAUAAACAUCAAUCCAAAUAAAUCUUAGAAAGCUUUU